AUGCUAUUCCUCACCUCUUCCCGCCUCUCCCUCUCACGCGCGCGAUUAUCUCCAUGCUGCAGGAGGACGUACAUCGGCAGUCGACGCAGUGGAAACUUGUCGCCUAUUCCCUCCGGUCCAUCUGCAGUAACGCAGCGUGCUCGCCCUUCCCGAUGCCAUCCUACGCGUGCGGCACAGAUGGUCCCGGGACACGGCUCGCGGGUCUAUUCUACAGCGAUACACCCUUUGGAGGCGAGCGCAAAGACGGAUAACCCGGUAACACAUUAUACUCCGCCCCAAACGGGCUUGAUCGCUUCCUUGCCCCGUUCAUGGAUACCCUAUGCUGAGUUGAUUCGGCUCGAUAAACCCACGGGCACGUAUUAUCUGUUCUUCCCGACGCUCUUUUCCACCCUUCUUGCGGCCCCCAUGGCCACCGGUGUAGCUCCGAUACAAGUGCUUGGAACAGCAGGGCUCUUCUUUACGGGAGCGUUGAUCAUGCGCGGCGCGGGGUGCGCCAUCAAUGAUCUGUGGGACAGGAAUCUGGAUCCUCAUGUUGAACGGACCAAGUUCCGUCCCAUUGCCAGAGGGGCACUAUCGCCGCCAAAGGCAGUGCUCUUUACCGGCACUCAGUUACUGGCCGGCCUCGCCGUACUCCUUCAAUUCCCUUCCCAGUGCCUUUGGUAUGGAAUUCCCAGCCUGCCCAUUGUGGUUGCUUAUCCGUUGGCCAAACGCGUUACCAACUAUCCCCAGUUUGUCUUGGGCCUAGCGUUCUCGUGGGGUGCAAUUAUGGGAUUCCCAGCAUUGGGUGUGGAUCUACUGGCCAACCAGGAUGCCUUUCUGGCCGCAGGGGCCCUGUAUUCCAGCUGUGUGGCGUGGACUGUGCUGUAUGACAUGAUAUAUGCGCAUAUGGACAUCAGGGACGACGUGGCUGCCGGAAUCAAGUCAAUUGCUCUCCGCCACGAACACAACACCAAGGCGGUCCUGACUGGUCUGGCACUGGCUCAGGUGUCCCUCCUCGGGGCCGCCGGGUUUGCCGCAGGUUGUGGGCCCGUCUUCUUCGUCGGAAGCUGCGGCAGUGCCAUUCUGUCGCUGGGGCUCAUGAUUUGGAAGGUUCAGCUGAAGAAUGUGAAUAAUUGCUGGUGGUGGUUCAAGAAUGGAUGCCUCCUGACUGGUGGAGGUAUUACCUUGGGUCUCCUCGGCGAGUAUGCGACACAAUACCUGGGUUUGUACGAUAGCACUGGACCUUCAGAGUCCGAGUCGACAUAA